AUGAGUGCAGAGAAUGUGUUUGGUGCAAUUUGUCUGGGGAGACCUAUGGUUCUUGCUCAGCAAGUAGAUACAACAAAGUAUGUGAUUAGUGUACCCAAUGCGUCUAAGAUCAAUUAUAUUACCAUAUUUAUAUUGCCAAAUUCUCCAUUUGUCGAUAACAAUCUCACAGCAUUGGUUUAUUUUCAAUUGCCUACACCCCAACAACAACAACGACAACAACAACAACAACAACAGCAGCAGCAGCAGCAGCAGCAGCCGGAGUUUAAGCUUCUUGGAGGUAUCAAUCCAGCGAAACCUUCUGCGAUAUAUAGGUUGUCCAAUUUUAGCUCCGGAGCUGGUAAUGAUAGUGGUAGUGGUACUGGUUUUGGCGGUAGUAGUACUGGUGAUUCUACAAUAGAGAAUGACCAAGGAAUGGAAGUGGACAAUACUUUUAACGGACAAGGAUCGGGGAUUGGGGGUGCAAGUGGGACUGAUGCGAAUGAUCAAGUGACUAUUAAUAUCGGAAUAUCAAUUGAGCCUACGGUACAAGCAGAGCAGAUUUUGCAACAAUCAAAAGCAGAUAACAGUGGUGGGUUAGUUCACACGCGUGCAUCGACGACGACGACGACGACGACGACAGCUAGGGCCAAUGGAGAAAUUCCAGCUAUCAAGGAUCCUCAGAGUACAGCUACGUUGGCGAAUAAGAUUGUGGGGCAUGCCUAUAACUAUCUAGCUAGCUUUAUUGAUCCUCAGGGGAAAGUGCCUAUUAAGGCGUUUGACAAUUGGUGGGAGAAGUUUAAGACAAAGUUGCAGACCAAUCCCAACUUCUUAAACGAACUACAGGAGUAG